AUGCAACGGUCCCUGCUGCCCAGGCAUCGCCCCGCCUUUACGACGGGCAACCGGUUCUACCACAGAGCCAUGUUUCACACCCUGCGCAAACACCCCUGCGGCACCCUCAUCACCAACAACUCAUACAGGACUAUCCAUGUCGUAUUCCCCAGCGAGGUCCAUGGCGCCACGGCACAUUCCAUGAUGUCUGCCAGGACGAAUUCCCUGCCUAUCAAUGUCAACAUGCAAGGGCGCAUGUAUCAAUCUCACCAGAUGCCGCCCGCGGCGGCAGGGUUCCCCUCGGCCCUGACGCCCCAGAACGCAUAUCGCCAGGUAUUAUCGCCUUUGCUCCCGCCCCCGGGGGUGCUCAUCCCAAGACCCGAUUACGCCCACGGCCAGUACGACGAGAGCUCUUUCAGUAUGACGCUACACCAGAUCCACUUGCGGAGUCCCGUCAGAACGAGUAGGCUUUUGAACAACAAGCGGGAGUCGCAGGAGCGCCAUUAUCAAUUCAUUAACGGAUUCGCCGUCGCCCCUGUGGUUAUACGCAGCGACAGUCGCUGCACCACCGAACUUACUUUCGACGUGGAUGACGAGACGCUGUCCCGCCUGUCCAAGCCUGUCUCGCAGCAGGACGGCGAGCCGAAAGUCCCAGUUUGCGAAUACGAGGACGGCACAUUGCGUAUGCGAUUGCGGUGCUGCAAUAUUGGCGGCCCCACAGCCGACAUGUCCCAGUCGAAGUGGGUUAAUACCGAGAGUUCGUGGCCGGCGCACAUUUUUAUAAUGCUGAACGGCAAGACGGCGUUGACACCGAAGCGGAAACCGCAUUACGGCAAGGAUUUGCCUGCUGAGCUGACUUCAUACGUUAUCGGUGGGAAAAACCAAGUCAAGAUUGCGCUAGCAAUGCUGAGGGCGCCUGUGGAGUAUUAUGCUAUCGCGGUUGAGAUCAUUAUAACGAAGAGCCACUCGUUUUUUUGGAACCAGAUCCGAAACGACCAAGUUAUCCCCCCAGAGAAGACGUUGGAGGUGAUUCGGAAGCGAAUUAGUGUGAACAAUGACGACGACGACGACAGCAUCAUGGUGGUGACCGAGGAGCUGCCGAUCGAUCUUGCGGAUCCGUUCUCGGCCAUUAUGUUCGAGACGCCAGUCCGAGGUGCCACAUGCACCCACCUGGAAUGCUUCGACUUGAGUAACUGGCUCGAGACGCGCGAGCGCAAACCUCAAUCUCGCAAAUGCAUCUCGCACCAGGCAGACGUAUGCGAGGCGACGUGCCGCUGGCGCAUUUUCGAGCCGACGCUCGUGGACAGAUGGCGGUGUCCCAUUAAAAGCUGUUUCGGGGACGCUCGUCCAUGCAGCCUUGUGGUGGACGGGUUCCUGCUCGGGGUGCGCAAGGAGCUCGAGUCCACAGGCCGGCUUAACGCGCGCAGCAUCCGUGUCUCGGCGGAUGGAUCCUGGAAGCCAGUCCCGGACCGGAAUGACGACGUCAACGACGUCAACGACGAUUCGGGCAGUGACGGUGACUGCAAGGCCAAAGCGGCACCGAGCCGGCGGAGCAAGAGCAAGCCAGCCAGGGCGACAUUUACUAGCAGCAUGUAUCCGGACGUCCGCGCUUUGCAUCCGCUUCUCACCGACCUCACUUGA